CUUCCUAAUUUUUUGGGCACUCGGCCAUCCCAUCGCUGCUACGAUGUCCUUAGAUGACAAGAUCGCGAUUCUGAGUUCGUCGAAGCAUGACUUUCUCGACUUCUUUGCCCGGGGUAGCUCAUCCGUACCUAGACAAGCAACCGCCCGCAUCCAAUGAUGAUGGUCCUGUACAACAAACCUACAAACUCUUUGACCUCCGCGUCGAAGUUGUCUGCCCGCCUGGCGAGCUCAUUCGCUGCGGCGCGAAAGACGGCGACUACUUUGACCUCGUGGGCGAGAUGAUCAGCCUACCCCCAGGCCAGGCGUUUUCAAUGUACUCGCUCGGCGCAAUGCUACCGCUUCUAGCCGGGAUGCAGCGAACGCACGACAUAGCAGACUGGAUGACACGAGAGAUGGAAGUCGCUUGCCCGGACCCGGACUGCAGGUCGCGGCUAAGGAUCAGAAGACUUGGGUUGCGCACCUUCGACUUGGACAAUGUCUCCGUCGCUUUCAUCCCUGCUGACGCUCCUGCUGCGCAAAAGACGUGAUGUAAGGUGUCCACACCGCAUACGUCUCUUGAAUAUAUUGCUUCCCGAGUCCCAAGCACCAUUGCCCUAGAACAAAGCUUACCAAUUGGAGAUGCC